AGGGGCAGACCGGAGAAGGUCAGAACAGAGGAACCUUCGAGAACCGGAACCCCCUCCCUUUUCUCCAAACCUCACUCCUUUUCCUUUACCACCAUUGCCAGAACUUUCUCGUCUUCCUCUCCUCCUAUAAUUACCCUUCUUUCUACAUCGUAUCCCCUAAUCCUACUUUAAUUCUGCAAAACCCUCUUCUCCAAUCAAUUGAAUUCGCAAUCUACGAUGGCGGACGAAGCCAAAGCUAAGGGUAACGCGGCGUUCUCCGCCGGCGAUUACACAACCGCCAUCAAGCACUUCUCCGACGCCAUCGCCCUCGCUCCCACCAACCACGUACUCUACUCCAACCGAUCGGCGGCAUACGCCUCCCUCCAGAAGUACGCCGACGCCUUGAACGACGCCAAGAAGACCGUCGAGCUCAAGCCCGACUGGUCCAAGGGCUACUCCCGCCUCGGCGCCGCUCAUCUCGGCUUGACCCAGUAUCAGGACGCUAUUGUUGCGUACAAGAAAGGGCUCGACUUCGAUCCCAACAACGAUGCCUUGAAGUCUGGAUUGGCAGAUGCCGAAUCCGCCGCCGCCUCGUCUUCUAGGUCUAGAGCUGCUCCUCAGAGCGCUAACCCGUUCGCCGAUUCGUUCUCAGGGCCGGAGAUGUGGGCAAAGCUCACAGCAGAUCCCUCCACCAGGCCCUUCCUGCAGCAGCCGGAUUUCGUCAAGAUGAUGCAGGACAUUCAGAAGAAUCCUAGCAAUUUGAAUUUGUACUUGAAGGACCAGCGGGUGAUGCAGGCUCUAGGAGUCUUGCUCAAUGUGAAGUUCAUGUCGCCUAAUGCCGGAGAAGACAUGGACAUUCCUGAGACGGAGGCUGAGUCUCCGCCGCCUCCGCCUCCCGAGAAGAAGCCGACAACGAACAAUGCGCCUGUGGAGGAAAGGACUCGCGAGCCUGAGCCAGAGCCAAUGGAGGUGCCGGAGGAGGAGAGGGAGGAGAAGGAGAGGAAAGCGCAGGCUUUGAAGGAGAAGGAAUUGGGUAAUGCUGCUUACAAGAAGAAGGAUUUUGAAACUGCCAUUGCGCAUUACACCAAGGCGAUUGAGCUCUAUGAUGAGGAUAUCUCAUUUAUCACUAACCGUGCUGCUGUUUACUUGGAGAUGGGCAAGUACGAAGACUGUAUCAAAGACUGUGACAAGGCUGUGGAGCGUGGAAGGGAGCUUCGAUCAGAUUACAAGAUGGUUGCAAGAGCUUUGACUAGGAAAGGUUCCGCCUUGGUGAAAAUGGCCAAAACUUCAAAGGACUAUGAACCUGCAAUCGAGACCUUCCAAAAGGCCCUGACAGAACAUCGUAACCCAGAUACAUUGAAGAAAUUAAAUGAAGCAGAGAAAGCGAAGAAGGAUCUUGAACAGCAAGAGUACUUUGAUCCAAAGUUGGCCGAUGAGGCACGUGAGAAAGGAAACGAAUAUUUCAAGGAGCAAAAAUACCCUGAUGCCAUCAAGCAUUAUACAGAAGCAAUUAAGAGAAACCCAAAGGAUCAUAAGGCAUACAGCAAUAGAGCGGCUUGUUACACGAAACUUGGUGCUAUGCCUGAGGGAUUGAAGGAUGCAGAAAAGUGCAUUGAGCUUGACCCGGCUUUUGCCAAAGGUUACACAAGGAAGGGUGCUAUUCAAUUCUUCAUGAAGGAGUACGAGAAGGCCUUGGAGACCUACCAAGAAGGUUUGAAAUAUGAUUCUAAGAACCAAGAGUUGCUUGACGGUAUAAGAAGAUGCGUUGAGCAAAUGAACAAGGCAAGCCGUGGGGAUCUAAGCCCCGAAGAGCUGAAAGAGAGACAGGCGAAGGCAAUGCAUGACCCUGAAGUUCAAAACAUCCUCUCCGAUCCUGUCAUGAGACAAGUGUUGCAAGAUAUUCAGGAGGACCCAAAGGCAGCUCAGGAGCACAUGAAGAACCCUAUGGUGAUGAACAAGAUCCAAAAGCUUGUGAAUGCUGGCAUCAUCCAAGUCCGAUAAAUUUUGUGAUGAAUAGUCUGUUUCUAGGCUGUGUCUGCGAAGUUUCUGCCCCAAGUAUUUUUGCCAUCCUCUUCUCUGGGUUAGAUCAUUGGAAAUUGUAAUCUUUUAGUCGUGAAUUUGAACCUUACAGUGAACUGAGAACAUUGGUUUUUUCCUCUUUUCAUAUCGGGUGGAAUUUUGAGAUCGUCUGUUAUGGUUGUGCCUCCCUUCAUUUAGCACGAGAGCUGCAAUUCGAAUGAAACAUGAAUCGAAUAGACAAACAUCUAUAACAUCAAUUAGUCGAAACUUCAGUCUUAGAUUCGUUAAAAUUCAAAGGUCCAUUGUUGAGUUUCCUUAAUGGCUAAAUACACAUUGUGCUUGACCCAAUAUCUUCGGUUCAAACCAGCCAAGAAGCUCUGCAAAAUACACAUUGUGCUCUCAUUACACAAUUAUUGUCCCUUCCAUCUUCAAUUUCACGUAAAGUACAACAAUUUCCAACGUAUAAAUGAGUGUGAAAUAAGUUACAUUCGCACCGAAUCCAGAUACCUCAAGCCACCAAAACUAAGCAUUUUACACAGUAAACAUUACAGCUCCACCAGCAGUAACCUGGAAUCAAGCAGCGACUUCCUGCUCUUUCGUAGCGAGCUGGUUCUGGAUAUGCUGAGGCACAACAUCGAAUUUGGCUAACUGCAUCGUGUAUGAAGCCCGGCCUUUCGUCAUUCCCCUCAACGUGCUCACGUACUGAAACAUCUCAGCCAACGGCACGAGCGAAUCCACUACCUUCAGACCACCAGGUUUAUCACCAAAGCUAUUGAUCUGCCCUCUCCUGGAGUUCAAAUCACCAAUCACAUCCCCCAAGUGUUCCUCCGGAGUCACAACUUCCACCUUCAUUAUCGGCUCGAGCAUCUUAGGAGCAGCUUUCCUGAUCCCUUCCCUGAACGCACCUCUCGCCGCCAGCUGGAAUGCCAAAACACUUGAAUCGACAUCAUGGUAGGACCCAUCGGUUAAUACAGCACGAACAUCAACCACAGGGAAGCCUGCCAGAACACCGUUGCUCAUGCAUUCUUCAAGCCCUUUCAUCACUCCAGGGAUGUACUCCCGUGGGACUGCCCCUCCCUUGAUCUCGCUCUUGAACUCGUACCCUUGACCUGAUUCCAUGGGCUCGAACCGGACAGUGAUAUCAGCAAACUGCCCUUGCCCACCUGAUUGCUUCUUGUGAACGUACUUCACUUCGGCUAUCUUGCUGAUGCUCUCCCGGUAGUUCACCUGGGGCGCUCCAACAUUGGCUUCCACCUUGAACUCUCUCUUCAGACGAUCCACGAUGAUCUCGAGAUGGAGCUCGCCCAUCCCUUCGAUCACUGUCUGGUUGGUCUCGUCAUCUCGAGAAAAAUGGAAAGAAGGAUCUUCCUGUGCAAGCUUGAUCAAUCCAGUUGCCAUCUUGUCCACGUCAGCCUUGGUUUUUGGUUCAAUUGCCACCUUUAUGACCGGGUCAGGGAAGUCCAUUCGCUCGAGAACAAUCGGGUUCUCCGGGUCAGACAAUGUUUCUCCAGUUAUGGUGUCCUUUAGUCCAGCUAGAGCAACAAUGUCUCCCGUCAAGACAACCCUAACAUCCUCUCUACUAUUGGCAUGCAUCUCGAGAAGCCUUCCGAUCCUCUCUUUCUUCCCCUUGUUUGCAUUCAUGACAUAAGAUCCCGCCGCAAGCUUCCCUGAAUAUACUCUAACGAAUGUAAGAGAUCCCACAAAUGGAUCGUUCAUGAUCUUGAAUGCUAGACCGGAGAAUGGCUCAUCAUCACUUGCAGCCCUUUCGAGUGUGAUCUCUGGGUUCUCCGGAUCAGUCCCUUUCAUUGCUGGCAAGUCAACUGGGGAAGGGAGAUAGUCAACAACUGCAUCGAGCAAAGGCUGCACUCCUUUGUUCUUGAAAGCUGAGCCACAUAGAACAGGAACAAAGUUGCCUGCAAUAGUUCCUUUUCUAAUCAACUUCUUGAUAGUUUCCUCAUCAGGCUCAAUUCCUUCUAAAUAGCCUUCCAUGGCCUCAUCAUCCAACUCGACAAUCGUCUCAAUCAUCUGAGCUUGGUAUUCCUGAGCCAAUUCUUCGAGAUCACCCGGAAUAUCCUGGUACUCAAACUUUGCACCCAGCUCUUCCCCAGACCAGACAAUAGCUUUCAUCCUGACAAGAUCAACUACACCCUUGAAGCCAUCUUCAGCACCAAUCGGGAUUUGAAUCACCAAAGGCUUAGCCCCCAAGUUCGUAACAAUCAUAUCCCUCGUCCUGAAAAAGUUGGCUCCAAGCCUAUCCAUCUUGUUCACAAAGCAAAUUCUAGGCACGCCAUACUUAUCAGCCUGCCUCCACACGGUCUCCGACUGUGGCUCCACCCCGGCAACACUGUCGAACAAGCAGAUUGCACCAUCAAGAACUCGGAGAGCACGUUCGACUUCCAAUGUGAAGUCCACAUGGCCAGGGGUAUCGAUGAUGUUGAUUCGAUGCUUGUUCCAGAAUGUGGUGGUGGCAGCUGAGGUAAUGGUGAUCCCUCUCUCUUGCUCUUGUUCCAUCCAGUCCAUGGUGGCAGUUCCCUCGUGCACCUCGCCAAUCUUGUAGUUCCUACCCGUGUAAUAGAGUACCCUCUCGGUUGUGGUGGUCUUUCCUGCGUCGAUGUGAGCCAUGAUUCCUAUGUUUCUGUAGUCUUUCAAUGGCACCACACGCUUUCCCUCUGUCCAACAGCCAUGGCGGAGACAGAUAAGUUCCGCCGUCUUCUUUGUAGGGUUUGCCUGGAAAUGGAGAAUUGGGAGCGGGCAUGGUGACCGCCGAGGAAGUGAGAAAGGGAGGAAGAGAUAGGAGAUGAUGAAACUGAAUGGCGAGGGGCAGGGAGACCCAGAAAGCGAACUGGGGCGGAGAGAGAGUUGUUAGAUUUCCUCUGGGAGCCAUGGAAGGAGCAGAGUGAGGAGGAAGACGAGGCCGUCAAUCGAACUGUCUCUGCCGCCAUUAUUUUGGCUGUGGUUGCUCCUCUGGAGUUGAGGGGAGCUGAGCUGAGGAUGCCCCUGUUUUGCUCUGGCUCUUCUGUUCUGGGCCUUGUACUUUCGGGUGGAUGUUGU